UGCGGCCCGCCGGCCGUCCGCUGCCGCAUCGUCGCGGGGACGCCGAGGUUCAAUACCAUGGACUUUCCGCAGCUUUGACUUCGGCGCCCGGCUCCGAUCCCUGGUGAUACACGGGCAAAGUUUCCAAAGUUAGCGCCGUGUCCUUUCAAAGAUGGAAGAUCGCCCCCGGACCAUCAGCACAACGAGCAGCACCUACACCUCGUCGUUCGCCUCGACGGCCAGGAGCUGCGACCGGGCUUUCCUCAAGACCUUUCCCGGGCUGCUCAUGAUCGCCGAGAUUGUGCUUGGACUGCUGGUGUGGAUAUUAAUAGCUAGUACAGAGUAUUUCUCUGUUUCUGCCUUUGGUUGGGUAAUGUUUGUGGCAGUCUUUUACUGGGUGCUCACAGUGUUCUUUUUAAUCUUCUACAUCACCAUGGUAUACACCAAGAUUCCUCAGAUACCAUGGACAACAGUGGGUUUGAGUUUUAAUGCCAGUGCAGCUUUGUUGUACCUCCUGGCCUCAAUUGUGGAUGCAGUUUCUAUUAACCGAGCUGAUCGAGGAACAGAAAACUACAACUGCUGGUUAGCUUCUACAGUUUUUGCUUUCGUGGUCACUCUAUGUUACUCUGGCAAUGCAUAUUUUAGCUUUCAGACCUGGCGAUCAAGAGACCAAGUACCUUAAUUGCCUAAUACUCCAAGGGUAAAUGUCGGCAAAUGGAGAAAAUAUAUUGUGAACAAAGGAAAUGUGAAGAUAUGUUAAUACGCUUUCCUGGAUCAGUGUUCAUUAUAAUUACACCAAUAGGAAAAUGUAUUUAAGACACUCCAAAGAGAAUAUUUAAUUUUGUAUUUGUGCCAUGCUGUGAAGAUAAAUACUUGGGUUUAUUUCUCUCUACUUUCCACUGUCUGCUCCCUUCCAGGAGCACUGACGGUCCUCAUCUGUUUCAAUUCACAGAGGUGGCAUUGCUUUGGCACAAUUGGCCAUCCAUCAGUUUUCAAUGGACAGUGAAGACCACCUCUACACUCAGCAUGCACACUUCCACUAGGAGUCUGCAAAUGAAAACCUGCAGGGUGAAUCAUAGUAAUUGUGCGUUUCUUUGGACAACUGUCCCCUACUGCUGUUCCAUCAAGAUCAGGAAACUUGUCACCUUAAUCAUAUCCACUGCGUCAAAGGGAUUGUUUAUGUCCCUUUACAUGUAUUAAACCUCUUGAUUAUUUUUAUUAAAAUGUAUAGCUUUAUUAAUGCUUGGAAUAGUUCAUCACAUUGUGGCUCAUUGCUUGUUGUUUUGACUGUGUGUUUGCAAAAUAAUAUGAAAUAUUUCCAUUUGCCCACAAUUUAAACUAAGAUUUUCAAAAAUAACAUCCUUCUUAUGCCUUUAAAAUAAAAAAAGUCACCUUCACUUAAUGUUAAUUCUUCUAUAGUCAUGGGAGAUAGAUCUGGAUUUACGCCAAGAGUCUCCUUGUUUCUCUUAGUUUUGCAUUGUACAUUUAUAUAUUGGAAUGCUGAAAGGAGGCUGUUUAUUAAGUUGCCGACUAUCCUGUCUUAAAUUAGCUAAGCUAGCUGGCAUUGGGUACUGAUUUUGACUUUCCUGCUUGGCGAGUCUCAGUUCCACAGAAAGAAUAACUACCACCUGGGGCUUCAACAGACACAGUUAGUGUGGUAGGAUGAUGCAUGGUUUCACAAACAGAAAUAAUACAUCGUGUUGCAUUUCAAUUGAAAUGACAUUGCCAAUUAAAAAUGUUGUAAGUAAAUGUUACCUUUGAGUAAAUGUUUAUUCAAAUUGUUUCUGCACAAAAUAUUAAUAAUUAGGACUUAAUGUUACUGAUUAUGUAAAAUAUCCAUAAAAAAUAUAACAACUUUUCUGAAUGUCGUUAAUGAUCCUUAAAGGUAAGAACAUUUACUUUGUACAUUUCACUUUGAAACAAUACUAAAUGUCAUGUUGUACAUUGAUCUUGAAUAUUGCAAGUUUUAAAGAAGGUGGAAUUUAAAUUGGCAAAUUAUAUUGCUGUAUUUACUGUAUGUCCUGUUUUCCAGUGUGGAAAAGAAAUAAAUAUUUUCAAAUGAUAUUUCAGUAUUUAAUUCAUGCACAAAUAUUGACUGAAAAUGAGCUUGUUGCAGUACUUAAUGUAAUAUUAAAUGCCAUUAGUCAUUUAUUGGAUA